GGCUCGGAACUAUUAGGGAACUCGGGAGAGACCGAUCCGCAGCUCCAGACAUGGCGACUUAGGGGAAAGAGAAGAACAUUGGUAUCUCCGCUUUGGAGACGGUUUGUGUCUAGUAGUGCCCGUGCCCCUGGGCAGGUUGGAGAGAAGGACGGCUGGAGAAUCGUCAUGUGAGGACCAGAGGAGAAAAGAAGACGCCACGUUAAUUCUACAAGGCCUCUGGUCCCUGCCUGCCCCGGUGCUCAUGGAACCUGCUGCUGCCCUGCCCUUCUCCCUGCCAGCCUCCCUCCUGCUCCUCCUCAGCCUGUGUGCACUGGUCUCAGCACAGUUGACUGUCAUGGGGCCCACUGACCCCAUCCUGGCCAUGGUGGGAGAAAACACGACGUUACGCUGCCAUCUGUCCCCCGAGAAAAAUGCUGAGGACAUGGAGGUGCGGUGGUUCCGGUCUCACUUCUCCCCGGCAGUGUUUGUGUAUAAGGGUGGGAGAGAGAGAACAGAGGAGCAGAUGGAGGAGUACCGAGGAAGAACCACCUUCGUGAGCAAGGACAUCAGCAGGGGCAGCGUGGCCCUGGUCAUACACAACGUCACAGCCCAGGAGAACGGCACCUACCGCUGUUACUUCCAAGAAGGCAGGUCCUCCGAUGAGGCCAUCCUGCGCCUCAUGGUGGCAGGACUGGGCUCUGAGCCCCUGGUUGAAAUGAGGGGUCACAAGGAUGGGGGCAUCCUACUGGCAUGCAUAUCCAGAGGGUGAUACCCGAAGCCCUUCACGGUGUGGAGGGACCCCUCCAGUGAGGUCGUGCCUGCCCUGAAGGAGGACUUCACCUCUGACACAGACAGCCUCUUCAUGGUCACCACAGCUGUGAUCAUCAGAGACAGGUCCGUGAGGAACAUGUCCUGCUCUGUCAACAACACCCUGCUCGGCCAGAAGAAAGAAAGCGUCAUUUUUAUUCCAGAAUCCUUCAUGCCCAGUGUGUCUCCCUAUGUGGUGGCCCUGCCUGUCAUUGUGCUUAUUCUGAUGAUACCCAUUGCCGUAUGCAUGUAUUGGAUCAACAGACUCCAAAAGGAGAAAAAGAUUCUGUUAGGGGAAAAGGAGUUUGAACGGGAAAUGAGAGAAAUUGCUAUAAAGGACCUGGAAAAAGAACGUGUGGAAAAAGAGAAAGAACUUCAAAUAAAAGAACAACUUCAAGAAGAACUGAGAUGGAGAAGAAUGUUCUUACAUGCUGCUGAUGUGUUCCUGGACCCAGACACUGCUCAUCCUGAGCUCUUCCUCUCAGAAGACCCGAGAAGUGUGAGGCGGGACCCCUCCAGGGAGAGCGUACAGGACAACCCAGAGAGAUUCGACAGUCAGCCCUGUGUCCUGGGCCGGGAGAUCGCCUUCGGGAAACAUUACUGGGAGGUGGAGGUGGAAAACGUGAUGGUGUGGAUGGUCGGGGUGUGUAGAGACAGUGUAGAGAGGAAAGGGGAGGUCCUGCUGCUUCCUCAGAAUGGCUUCUGGACCUUGGAGAUGUGUGAAAGCGAAUACUGGGCCCUGACCACACCUAAGUGGAUUCUCUCUAUGGAGGAGUCCCUUUGCCGGGUAGGCGUCUUCCUGGACUAUGAAGCUGGAGACGUCUCCUUCUACAACAUGGGGAACAGAUCACACAUCUACACGUGCCUCCGUUCAGUCUUUUCUGUGCCUGUGAGGCCCUUCUUCAGGUUAGGGUCUUAUGACAGCCCCAUCUUAAUCUGCCCCACCCUCUCAAGAGCCGAUGGGGUCACGGUGCCUGAAGAGGGCCUGACACUUCACAGGGCAGGGACCCACCGCAGCCCACAGGAUCAAUUCCCUGGUCUCACAGCCAUGUAGACAAGCCCUGGCCAUCUCAGCAGCCACCGCACAACGCCCCUGGUGGAAGACAUGCCCUCCCCGCUCUAGUCACAUAAGAGAACAUCUUCCAGCUGCCUGUUUCACAUCCCCUUCAGACCUCAGCCCCUGUUCACCUCCUCACUAGGCUAUGGCUUUAGCAGUUCAUUUGCUUGUUACUGUGGAACGGGAUCCAGGCAUAGGGAACUAGUUGUUACACAGCUCCCAGCCAAGAAGAAAGUGUGAGAAGCUGAUUGGCAGUGAACCUGCUAUUUAGCAUCAGGGUGAUGACAUUGAGCCCAGUAUGCCAGUUGGCACCAGAUGCUGUGGACUUGGAAUGAAGCUAACAGAGUUCACCAGGAUGUGAGAGAAGAGAGGAAUCCACACGACCACCGGAGGGGAGAAGGAACCAGAUAUACAGGUCAGAGAUAGAGGAAGUGGAACCAGAGAGCUGGGAGGGACCAAGGUUAUGAGGGUGGCUGAGUCCUACCAUAACAGCUGAGGGUUCCCAGGAGACAAUGGUUCAUUUCCAUCUAGCCCCAGGAUUUCCAGAGCACACACCCACAGGCCUGGACCUGGGAUGAAGAUGAAUGAAGAACAUGGACAUGUGGGUGUGGUUGGGCUCAGGUGCCCCUGCAGUAAACAAGGAGUCAGUACUCUGUCCUCGAGUGUGGUUGAGAUUUGAGGUCCUGGUCGAACGGGGCAGUACUGGACCAGAUCUACCUCAGCGUUCCGGUUCAGUGGGGGUACCAGUGACUUCAAACCUGGGCUACUUAUGUCUUUAGACAAUUAAUAACUGUUUAGGGCCUUGAGGAGCUUUUGUUUAUUUGGGUUGAUAUUUGUUAAUAUUUAUGGCAUUUGAGAUUGAAACAGAAAAUGUUAAUAUGUUAUUUACUAAUUCAUGUUAAAAUAGCAUGAAUGAACCAAUUACAAGUUAAUAUAAGAUGCUUUAUGAAAAAAUCAACUGUUGUGUGCAAAAAAAGAACAAAAAAAGUGUAACAUUGAUUAA